UGCGCUCGUUCCGCGUCAGCCUGCGCGGCCGCCCGUCGUGCACCAGGCCGCGGGGCCGCCGGUAGGAUCGGCCGAUGCCUGGGGCCGGCCUUCCCGGUGCGUGCGCUAUCUACAGCCGCCAGGAAAUUAGAGAGGCGGGAAAACCGCCGCCGGUGGCUCGGCUCCAAUCCAAAUCCCGCGCGCGCCUCGCCGUCCUCACGGCUGCUCCCCAUCCCCUGAUCCGAAAACCCUAGUCCCGCGGGUUCUCGAGCCCUUCGUCGCCCCCCCCCCCGCGGUUCUGAAAGCCCUAGCCGCGGAGGGUUCCAGAACCUUCCGGCGCGGGAGGAUGGCGGGAGGGGCCGUGGACCAGUCGCUGCUCGACCUGCUGCCCCAGAUCCACGCCCUCUUCUCCGACCCUUUUCGCGUGAUUUCAUAUAAAUGGCUUAGUCGGAACUUCUCUGUAUCAUCAAAUGAUGCCAAGAGGUUGCUUCAGGAGUUUGUCAACAAAAAUGGAACAGACCUCCAAGUGAUUUACAGUGUUUCAGGGUGGCUGAAGAACAACCCCCAAAAUUAUUGUGUAAAACUCACUUCAGGCCCAAAACUUGAAGAAGCAAGACAAGCAUUCGAAGAUUCUUGUUCUGUUCAGGUCUACAGUAUCCAGGCUAGUAUUCCAAAAGAUACCGCCGUACUUUGGAAUCCUGAAUUUGUGCAGGCAGAAGAACUUUUCAACCAGCCUUUUGAUGAAGAGAACUGUUUGAGAGAUAAUAGGUUUUGUGGUGUUUUGAAUUAUUUUGUCAAGCGAACAUCCAGUGGGAAGCAUGUGAGUUCAUUGCCACCAAAGCCCAUAAAUAGUGCUGGGGCAGCUGCACAGUCAAAACCUAGUAUUGCUCCAAAGAAGCAGUUUGUUACUGCUCGGCAGCAAGAUUUGCCUGGACUAUCUAGUCCAAAGCAGGGAGCAGGCAAUAAGUCUGAGAAGGAUAAUUCCACUGUAUUUGACAAAGCUGGCAAUGCUCUUGUUGUCAAAGAGCCAUCAGUUUCUGCCCAUGCUAACAAAAAUAAAGCUCAGAACGGCAAGGUCAUUCCAGGUAAUGGUGGAUCGCUGUCUAACAUGUGGGGCCGUGCAUCAGCAAAACCGAAGCCUCCAGCUACCACUAAUUCUACAGCUGCAGCAAUUGUUGCAGCUACUGCUGAUGCACAAAUAUGUGAAAAGGAAGAAGCAGAUGCAGAUAGCAGUGAUGAUGAACAGGGAAUAAAGUACAAGAGGGGUUCUAGCAGUGCAAGUGACAGAAAGAGAAGAGCGGUAUUUGAUUUUUCAGAUGAUGAGGAAGAUGACAAUAUUAUAAGAAUUGCAUCUCCUGAGCUACCAAAACAGCAUGCCCUGGACCCAGUUACCGAAACUGCUGAAGACACUGAAGCAAAUCCAAAGAACUCAGAAAAUAAAGAUGAUUUACCAAACAGUGUGAAAGAUUGUUCAAGGGGGGUGGAUUCUGAGUUCACUUCUGAAUGUAAAACUAAAAGUGUCAGUACUGUGAACCAUUCUGGGAUUACUUUAAAGGAAAAGAGCAGUGAUCCUCCAGUCAAUGAUAGUAAGCAGGAUUCCACAGCUGAGCCUGCUUCCACCUCGCCGAAGAGAAGAAAGGUUUUGAAGACACGUAUAGAUGAUCGGGGAAGGGAAGUUACUGAGGUUGUUUGGGAGGGUGAAGCUUCUGCAGGUGACAAAACAGAGAAGAAUGUGACCACUACUGCUGCAAGCGGGGCAACCCUUUCAAGCAAGCCACAGCCGGCAGCAAACUCUGACAAGAGCAGAGCUCCAAGCAAGGCAGCCGGCAGCAAGAAACCUGCGAAGGCCGGCACCAAGCAAGGGAGCAUCAUGUCAUUCUUCAAGAAGGUAUAGAGCCUGCAGUCUGCACACGCUUAUCAGACGCGACCUUGUCCAGGAAACUGCAUUCAGCCACGGAACUGGAACCCCGGCCAGACGUCUCUGAAGUGGCUCCUCUACCUGAAUCACGUCGUCAGGUCGUCGAACGAGGACCUGUGGAGGCAGGCGUCCGUUAGCUGUAUCCUUUUGUUGUAGCAAGUGUAGUGAGUAGUGUUGGUUGAAUCAAAGCAGAUAUGACGUUUAGGAGUUGAGAGAAUGUCUUGCUGUAGAUGUGUGCAUAUAAUUGUGCCGCCGGCGACUCGAAACGUUUGCACUUUGCACGGUGUUGUGCUGUCUGGAAGUGGAGGAGGAAGCACUGUUGGGUAUCUUUGUCUGGUUCGUUAGAGCAAACACUGGAAGAUGUAUGUGUGAUGGCCAACGAUAUGGGCCUCUGAAAAGUUGGGCGGGCGCUCCGUGCUCGUGUGCCAGGCCCUGCCUGCGUUCA